UGUAAAGAGGAUGAGACAGAUUGAGGAACUAGUCUCCCUGGAGAAGCAAAUGGAAUUUUCCAGGAUCAAGUCUUUUCCUCUUAUCUCUCAAACACGCUUCCUGGUCAAAGAAGGUGAACUGGAUGAGAUUUCCGGGUUCGAGUCUGGACACACAAUUGGAAGUCCAACCAGAUCUGUAUAUCUUCAUCUAUUUAAUGAUCUCCUGUUGCUGUCCAGGAAAGAUAAUGGUAGGUUUUCUGUACUGGACUACGCUAGGAUCUGGAAGGUGAGGGCUCGUUGCUUUGAGGCAAAGUCACUGGUUUUUGCUCUCUGCCUUGUUGAGAAUCACAAAGGAACCAACAGGAAUUUUAUCGUUGGAGCAGGAAAUGAGUAUGAAAUACAGGAGUGGGUUGCAGCCAUUUCUACAUUACAGCGAUCUGGAACUGAACCACCAAGCAUCAGAAAUGCAGAGCACUGGACUGCCACUACCUGAAAAGGAUGAAAGUGUUGAGCUGUCAGUCCCUCUGUUGACCAUUCAAUUAUGGUGUUUACUGAUGAAUCUUCUCACUGGUGAGACCUGGUGACUUUGGCAGCUCUUUGCUUGUUAUCUCAUUCUAUUGACAACCUGUGAAAUCAUGGUGGCUUGAGUUUUUUGCAAGAUUGAAACUACCUCCAGCAAUGGUCACCUCAGCUGUUCCAAUGGACUGACGGUAUCAUUGAUUUAUGCUGAGUUGCUGCUUCAGUCUCCCAAAGGUGAACAAGCAAGAUUCUACUUAAAAUUGUACAUC